AUGGCGCCACAUCCGGUGGUUCAGGCAGUUAUAGACCUCUCUGCUGGCGCUAUAGGGGGUGCAGCUUGUGUAUUUAGUGGUCAACCUUUGGACACGGCGAAGGUGAAAAUGCAGACGUUUCCCACAUUGUACAGAGGUUUUGUGGACUGCUUCGUGUCCACAUACAGACAGGUGGGCCUUCGAGGCUUGUAUCAAGGCACCACACCGGCCCUCAUGGCCAACAUCGCAGAGAACUCUGUGCUCUUCAUGUGCUACGGCUUUUGCCAGGAGGUGGUUCGCUUUGUCUCUGGACAGGGGAAAGGGGCUGAGCUGAGGCACGUUCAGUUUAUUGAUAUGCAGAAAGCGUGCGCGGGCUCUGUGGCCUCUGUGUUCUCUUCUCUGGUCUUGUGUCCCACUGAGCUGGUGAAGUGUCGACUGCAGGCAAUGCAUGAGAUGGCAUCCUCCGGCAAGAUCACCCAAAGCCAGAACACAGUUUGGUCGGUGAUGAAGUCCAUUAUGCAUAAUGAUGGUCCUGCAGGUUUCUUCCAGGGUUUGACCACAACCAUUGCCCGUGAGGUGCCUGGGUAUUUCUGUUUUUUUGGAGCGUACGAGCUUUGCCGCUCUCUCUUUGCCGACUACAUGCACUGUGGCAAGGAUGACAUAGGUGUAGCACCCAUCGUGUUCAGUGGAGGUUUUGGUGGAGCUUGUCUCUGGCUGGUGGUUUACCCAAUGGACUGUGUUAAAUCCAGGAUACAGGUCAUGUCGAUGACAGGCAGACAAUCAGGCUUCUUCAAGACUUUCAUGCAUAUCUUCAGAACCGAAGGUGUAAGAGCUUUAUAUUCUGGUCUGACUCCCACUAUGAUUCGGACAUUUCCAGCAAACGGUGCACUGUUCUUAGGUUAUGAAGCCAGUCGGAAAGUCAUGAUGGCACAGUUUGACAGCUGA